AUGAACCGCGGUACUCGCAGAGGCUCAGAUGCUUUCAGUCGCCGACUGCGCAGAAGUGGUCGCAUGAAUGAGGAACUACGCGGGCUCAGAGAGGCACAUUCCGUGGUUUCAGGGCGUGCCAAUGCAAAUAGAAGGAAUGUCAACUUCAGGCGCAAUCCUCUAACCUUGGGCGCUCGCCAGAUCAGCGCUGGUGCUGUCUGGAACGUUGGUGGGCCUUCUGCUGUGAGCGACACAGUAGUUGCAGUGUCCACUGGCAGAGGUGGAAUGCUCGGUAGUGGAACGAACGCGCCACUGUACAAAUCUGCUUUCUUGAACCGAGCAGAUCCAGAUGCCGAGCUUGAAGCCUAUGAACGACGUCUCGCACUAGCACUUGACAUUGAUCAAACUGAUCGCAUACUUCAGCACUCAUCAUCUGCAGCCUCUCCGCGCUCACAAAAUAGUGGCCCUGCAUCACAGACGAAACAUGUCUGGCGAGACGGAGCUUGGCUAAGGGACGGAGUUGAUCCGAUCCUUGAUGCCCCUAACCUCCGCGACGACUAUUACUGUACCUUGCUCGCAUAUUCUUAUACCUCCAAGUGUCUUGCUGUUGGCCUAGGGAACUGUGUCCAUCUAUGGUCCGAAAGAAGCGGCGUCAGUACGCCAAACUCGCUGAACGCCGUGCCGCCAAAUGGACCUUCAGAUGUUCAGCAUGUUACGUCGUUGGACUUCUCCUCCACAGCAGGUGGGCAAGCAAUUCUUGCGGUUGGACGGGCUGACGGUCGUAUCUUACUGUGGAGCCCGCUUGACUCGGAACCACGAUUCGAUGCUACGCAACCCAAGCCUGUAUCAUGCGUGUCUUGGAGACCGACUGUUGUACAGCGACCUUCACUCCGGGAUAGAGCGAUGAAUGUACCAACCGAAGAAUUACUCAUCGGAGAUGAGGUUAGUCACAUCUACUUCUACAGUGUUGAGUGGCCUUCGGAGACACACAGUGCACUCUUCGGCUGGAAUGGUGCCAUGACAUUGCUCGCUCGAUUAUCCAUCCAUAGCCAACAGAUUUGCGGUUUAGCAUGGUCGUCGGACGGCGAGCUUUUUGCAAGUGGAGGGAACGACAACAACUGCAAUCUGUUUGAGACAAAGAAGUUACUUCGACCAAACGCUGCUAGCGAGAGUACAGCAGCCAUAUUGGAUGUGCGUGAAGGUCCGCGUGGUGAGUCCAUCUACACCGUAACCAACCGCAACAACAACCCCGUCUUGCACCUUGCGCAAUCGGCGGCGAAACAUACAUGGACACUCAAUGCAGCUGUGAAAGCCAUGGCGUUCUGCCCCUGGCAACGCGGACUUAUAGCCGUCGGCGGCGGCUCAAAUGAUCGCUGCAUCCGCUUUUAUCACACACGCUCAGGCACUUGUCUUGCUACUAUCGACUGUGCAGCUCAAGUCACAAGUCUUAUCUGGUCUCAAACUCGCCGUGAAAUAGCAGCAACGUUCGGCUUCGCGCAACCCGAACACCCAUACCGUGUCGCUGUCUUCGCUUGGCCUGGUUGCGAACAAGUCGUUGCCGUGCCGUGGUACGAUGAGAAUCGGGCUCUGUGUGCAGUCGCUUACCCCGGCGGCCCAUUGAAUGGUUCGCACAUAGAUGGAGACCGCGAUGGUGGAAGGGCCAGGGGUGAAGAUGGAGUCUGGUCGAGAAGAGGCGCCGAGGAAGGUUGCAUCGUCGUUGCAGCCAGCGACAUGGCAAUUCGGUUCCAUGAAAUCUGGAGUGACAGACGGGGAAGUGUGGGUUUCGGUACUCUGCUAGGCAGUGAGACUACAGGCUUGUUAGGAGGAAGUAAUAUUCUUGGGGGCCCCUAUGCUGGUGACUUUGAGCGGCCAGGAAUGGUAAUCAGAUAG